UAGUACAUCAAAGAGAACAGAUGAUAUCAUCAUGAAAUGAAAAUAAAUAUAAAAAGAGUCACAUUUCAACACAAGCUUUUCAUUGAUUAGACUAUAGCCAUAUAAUGCUGAAAAUCAUAUCCACUUACCCAGUAAGUGAUAUUAGAAUAAACAGGUCUACUUAGUAUGGUUGUUACCGAUUUUUCUUCAUAUUUAUUGUUGACGAUAUCAUUAGGCUUUUUCUCGCUUGCAUAUAAUUAUGAAAAUCAAUGAAAUAUGACAUUUUCAUAAGGUAAGCAUUUUUUAUCAACAUGUUUAUCAUCGUGUUUCAUACGUUCUGUCAACAUACAUCUCAUUUUAUUUUGCUUUUCUUACAGUCCUGUUGUUUUACGAUAUACAAAUAUACAUUAAUGUUUACAUAUUCGAGAAGAUUGCAAAUCAACAUCGUGUUCUGUUUUUCUAAUGAAUAAACGAAAUAUUAAUCUUUGAAUACUCAGAUGAUACUCAAGAUAUAAAAGAUUUUUUUUAAAAUUAUAUUUAACGCAUUCGUUUCAAAAUAUUCAUUAAAAUCCUAAUCUGAUCAAUUUUUACAACAUCUUUAUUCCAAGAAUUUGAUUAUUACAAGAAAAUUAAAAUUUGUCUCUUGUAUUAUUUUUCUUCAUUUUCAUCUUAUGCUCUUGAUCUUUUGUGAAGAAUCAAAAAGAUUAGAUUUUUUUCAAAACUCUUUGAAUUUUGUCAAUGUAGGACUUGGAUGUGAUGAUAUUCCUAUUGUAUGAUUAUUGUACUUUCAACUAUGAUAAUAGAAAAAAAGCAAUCAAAGAACGAAGACAUUUACAAUACCAAUGUCUAAAACAACAACGUUUCUGUACUAGUCAACAAGAUUGAAUUGGCUUAGUAAUUAGAAAGCACAACAAUGUGCAACGUCUGAUAUUUUAAUUCAUCUUUUCUCUUGAAUAGAAAUAUUAAAUGAUUCACCUGUUUUACAAUUAAUUAAAAAAUUUAAAGUCCAUGCACACAUAAAGCCUUAUGCAAUUGCUGAAGAGAGUGUGAGUGUUGAUGUGUAUGGAUAUGUAGGUCUGGGUGCCGAUGUCAGUGUGAAGACGACUUGCAUACAUCCAGACCGCAUGUCAACCCACAUCUCACAUUCCUUGUAUUAAGAAGUGUUUCAUACACUAUUGAAUAUUAUCAAGUUCUGAGAAUAAGGCUUCACAAAAAUAUCAUUCAGAAAAUUAGAUAUAGGGUGUGGAUGUGGGUGUAGUAAUAAAGACCCACACCCAGACCCACCCACACCCCACACCCACACCCACACCCACACCCACACCCACACCCACACCCACACACCCACACCCACACCCACACCCCACCCACACUCACACCCACACCCACACCCUUUUCUUUUCUAUGAAUCACGCAGUGGUAUUCUUUCUUCCUAUUUUCAUGUUAUCUUGUUAUCUUAAGUAAGCAAGUAGUCAGUAUUUAAGAGAGCAGUUUCAGAAGCAAUAUCAUUCUAUACAAUGCUUCGAAUCAAGCAAGAUUCUUCUUCUUUUAGACAACAGUCAAAACAACAAUACGUACCCUUAAAACAAGUGAACGUCGAAGCCUACAUUAAAUCAUUUGCUGCUGAUGUAACCAUCAAACAAAUUUUUCGCAACGAUGAAACGAAACCAAUUGAGGCUGUAUACUGUUUUCCAAUAGAAGAACAAGCAGCAAUCUAUUCAUUUAUUGCACGAAUUGAUGAUCUAGAAAUUGUAGCACAAUUAAAAGAAAAAAAAAAGCACAACGAGAAUACAAUGAUGCUAUUCGUCAAGGUCAUGGUGCAUAUUUACUCGAACAAGAUGAAAAAUCUCAAGAUAAUUUUAUUAUCAAUGUUGGUGCACUACCACCUGGUAAAGAAUGUCAUAUUCAUAUAUCGUACGUUUCCGAACUGAAUCUUGUUCAAAAUGGAAGUAGCAUCCGAUGUGUUGUUCCGACAACAAUUGCACCUCGUUACAACCCUGACAAAGGCGGAAUCGGUUCGCCGGCUGGUACUACAUCCAAAUACAUUCAAACAGCUCCAUACACAAUUGAAUUUCGUUGUCGAGUAGAGAAAGCCAAUAUUUCUCGAGUGAGUUCAACGUCUCAUCCAAUUCAGAUUGAUCUUAGCCAAGAGAAUGUCUAUGUCAUUGAAUUUGCACAACAAAAUACUCAUUUAGAUCGAGAUAUCUUGUUAGAUAUUGAAUUAGCUAGUAAUCAUUCGAAUACCAUUGUUGCUGUCGAACAAGGUGCUGUUAUGGCUUCAUUUAUACCAACUAAAGAAGAUUGUCAACGUGCGAUGAAUAAUAUGAAGACAACCAAUGAGUUUAUACCACUUCAAUGGUUAGAACAAUAUUCGCCAGAAGAAGGUCGUACACGACAAAUAUUUCUGUUGACAGAUGGAGAAAUUUCAAAUGUCAAUGAAGUACUUGAUCUAUGUCGUUCAAUGGCUACGUCGACACGUAUCUUUUCAUUUGGUUUGGGUUAUUCACCAAGUCGUUCAUUGGUCAAAGGUCUUGCUCGAGCAACAAAUGGAUGUUUCGUUUUUAUUCCACCUAAAACUAGUGUCGAUGUUUAUGUUGGUGAACAGUUACAAAAAGCUCUUCAAUUAUCUAUAACUAACGUACAAGUAGAAUGGAAUCUUGGUUCUAAUAUUAUGAGUGCACCAACAAAAAUACCACCAAUCUAUGCUAAUGAUCGUCUAAUUGUCUAUGCACUUACCAAUGAUCCAAUGAUUCUCUUCAAUCACGAUUCGAACGUCAAAUUACAUACCGAUAAAAAUCCAAUUGGCGAGGCAAAAAUUGAUUGCAUACCAAAUGUGAGUACCGAUGGAACUAUUGCUAGACUCGCUGCUAAAGCACUCAUUCUCGAAUUGCAACAUUCGAAAUUGUCUUCAUCGAUGAAACAGAACAAUUCAGGCUCAUUGCAAAGUCGAUUUCAAGAAUAUAAUCCAUCUCUAACACCAGCAACAACGAUAGAUGAGAAAGAAAUAAUAAAGAAAUCCAUUAUUGAACUUUCACUCAAAUAUCAAAUUCUGAGUCCAUACACUGCCUUUAUUGGUGUUGAAAAACGAGACUUGUGCGAUGAACUUUGUGAGUCUACCGUAUCGAUGGAUGUAUGUUCAGCAAUCGCUGCACCUCUCGUACCAACCGAUGAAUUAGAGAGUCUUUCAGUACAGGAAUUACAAGAAUUAGAACAGGAAUUACAAGAAUUAGAAGCUGCAGAGUUUGGCAUGCAGUGUUCUCUUCCAUCAUUACCCAAAUCCAGUUGUGAUUUUCCUACGAACACAUCACCCGAGCAGUUUUCCAACGCUAAAUCAGAAUAUGAAACAUGGCCUACAGGUGAUCAAAAUAUUGUUCGCUAUUUGAUUAACAAACAAAAAUUUGAUGGUUUAUGGGAUUUGGAUGAAAGUGAUCUACAACAUUUGGCUGGAAAAUCAUGGAAAAACGUUUCAUCAUCGUACGAUAAACAAGUUCUCAUUUCAGCUAUUGUUAUUAUUACAUUCGAGACACGUUUUGCUGCAAUGUUAACAAUGUGGCAUGGUGUAGUGGAAAAAGCUCGCCAACGUCUUCUUGAUUUACUCGGUAAUGAUGCUAAACAACUUGAAUCGUUACUGAAGGACAUUCGUCAACAUUGUGAAAGUUAUUUUCGAUUGCUUGAACUUGAACAUUGGGCCUCUUAA